UAAUAUGUUUCUUGAAUGUAUUCAGUGAACCAAUGUAUUUUUUCAGUUCCAGAUAAAAUCCGAUCUCUGACCAUUUCAAGUGUCACCAAGACUCAAGAGAAGUACGACUCGGUCGCCACAGUAAAUUUCAAACGACCUUGUUUUACUAAUGGUCCUUUGCAAAAAAUUAAAAUAUUCUACACUGGGGUGAGGGCUACUUUUGAUGAAAUCAUCAUAGAAGACUCCAUCUCUUUUACCGAAAAUCCAAAUGUGGAAUAUCUAUUCGCUUUGGCACCUGAGUACAGUUAUUUGGGCGGUAUAACAGCUGACAAUGGAGAAUUUUCGAAUACCCAGAAGUUUGAUUUUACAGCGCCAUCAGGAGUUCCUUCGCCGUUUCCACACAAGACAGUUCAAUUGUCAGGUAUCACUCUUACAGGAGUAGAUGUUACACUUAAAAAAGAUCAAUUCAAUAACAGUAACGGAGAUAUAAAAUACAUUUCACUAAUUUUGAGUGAAGUUUCUAACAAUGGGGCCGGUACAUUCGGUUCCUGGGAUGGAGUAAAGUGGCCAGAGGUUUUCAGUGAAACAGAAUAUCAGCUGACAGAAGACUUUUGGAACCCUUUCAGAGACGCUGAUGAAGUAACCUUUAGUAUCGGAAACGCUGCCCCAGGGUGUUCCAAGUCACUAAAAUAUUGCAAUGAACCUCUGAAAGAGGACAAAGAAUAUUUCUUGAUCAUCCGAAUGUUUACCAGAAACUUCUACAAAAAUAGCCAUGCAAUUUUUUUCAGAACGGGUAAAAGCUGGACAAGUUUCAUUCUGGGAAUGAUAUUUGGGAUCCUUAUAGCCGGUAUUUUGGCGAUAACCGCAUUCUUUCUGUGGAGAAGAGGCGUUUUCAAGACCAUCAUGCAAAGUUUUCCAAGGCUCAAAAAGGUUAAACCGAAGGUUAAUUCAGGAAUUCCUUGCGGCAAAUUCUUGCAGUAUUGCAGAAAUAUGGAGUGCAAUCCACAAAAAUAUCAUGAAGAGUAUUUGCUGCUCACGGAAAAAUCAAAGGAAAUCACAGCCGAAAAAACAAUUUCCAUUGCAACUCUGUUGGAAAACAAAAGAAAGAAUCGAUACACAAAUAUAGCUCCAUAUGAUGAAACCAGAGUACUCCUUAGGAUAGACGAAGACGAUGAAAUAGGAUCUGAUUAUAUUAAUGCGUCUUUUAUCAAGGGUUAUUCCGGUAAUAUAGAAUACAUAGCAACGCAAGGACCAAUGGCUACAACUACAAGGGACUUCUGGAAAAUGGUUUUGCAAGAAAAUGUUACUUUAAUAGUUAUGGUGUCCCAAUUUGUUGAAAAUGGAAAAGAUAAAUGCCAUCGAUAUUUUCCGAAAAAUCACGAAAUCAUGAGCAUAUCCGAGGAUAUGGAAGUUAAGUGUUCUACAGAGCUACAUUUUGGUACAUACUGUGUGAGAAAUCUUCAAAUCAGAAAGGACAACUUUCAGACGAUGGUAACUCACAUGCAGUUUUUGGAUUGGCCUGAUUUUGGAGUUCCAGUUGGUACGGAAAAUGUUUUGCAAUUCUGUUAUCAGCUGCGAGAGAGAACAUCUAUUGAAGGAGGGUUAAUAAUAGUUCAUUGCAGCGCAGGAGUUGGUAGGACUGGCACACUGAUAGCCACAGACAUUCUUCUUCAGACAGCCAAUGCUGGAAAAAACAUUGAUAUAUUCAAUACGGUGCUGGAACUUCGAAAACAAAGAGUUCUGAUGGUUCAAACAGAUAAACAAUAUAUUUUUAUUCAUAACUUGCUGAAGGAGCACUUAGAUCGACCACAAACACCUGAUCUUAUAGAAAAUUCUGAACCGAUGUAUGAAAACAUGGAAAUUAUAAGGAAUUCGAGGGACAGUGAAAAUUUUGUAAAUAAAAAAGAAGAUGAGAGCGAAUUCUAGUAAAAUGGCUUUAAUUGUGAUCGUGCCAAAUUGUUGCUUCAAAUCAUUCCUUGUAAUAGGGACCAAAUAUUUUUAUAAUUCAGAAGUGAUUAAAAGAAACGUUCUGUUUAUUCCAUUAACAAAAAUGGAGAAAAUCCAGAAUA